ACUUCAUAUACAUAUAUAAAUAAUUGAUUAUUAUGAUUUGAAUAGUUACAAAGGAAUUCAUUUUCAUUUUCAGUAAAAAAAUUUUAAAUAUACUGUUAUUCCACCAGAUGAAUUCUUAAGUUACCACAUCCCUGUCUAUAUACUUCAACUAAUACAAAAUGGUUGACGUGCCUUGAUUGUAUGUAUGAUACAGAUUGCUAGAUACAAUAUUUCCAUUUCCCAUGUAGGAGCUACAUAUAGUAGAUCUCGUGUAACAUUAAUGGAUUAAUAAAAAUAAUUGCGUUAAGGGAAAAAUAAGUAUUCAUCCAGAGAAGGAAGAUGGAGAAACGGCAGGAAAUUCUAGCUCCGUUUUCUUCUGAUGAGUGUCCAAACAGUGGUGAAGACAGCGAAGAGGAUGUAAUAACCGACUAUCUAGGCUCAUCUGACUGUGACCGUAUACCUCUCAUUAAUGGAGAUCUUGGUCUGAACCUACGAGGGAACAUAAGCACCUACACCAAAGACAAUACAGAGAAGGUAAUCGCAAUGUCUGAAGGAACCGAGGAACAUCAGCAGGCACUAAGCGUUAAUAGUCAAAUUCAGCCUAACCCUUUGGUGCCAAUCAUCAGUGUUACACCCCAUUCACCUGGUCUGGCUAAGAACUAUCCUGUUCUGGAGGAUAAUUUGCAGCAUCUGCACGAGAUCCAUGAUUGCAUUCAGAGAAUGAGGGAUCUUACGCUAAGUAAUUGGAGCUACAAUCACCGUACAUCCCAUAAUGAUGUACCUCAAAGAUUAACAUCGUCCUGUCCGUCUCUGUGUCCCUUAAUCCUACCAGAAAUCGCGCCACGAUCAAGUAACAAUGAUACAGGCUCUGAUCCAGACCUCCUUGCUAAUUGUUCUACCAAUAGUUCUCCUACUCAUUUUCCCUCUGUGGCUCCACGUUCACAGAAUGCUCAAGGUAUUGAUAGGAGACGCAGCUGGACUGAUUUGGAAGAUACAAGGUGCGGGAGGCGUAGAUAUUCUGGGCAGAAUCACCUACAAGCUCAAAAUAUGGUUAGUAUUCUUUACUUCUUUCUAUUGCAAUGUUACAUUUCACUGUUAUUACAGAGACAGCGCAGUAUUAGUCUAAGUAGUUUAGACAGUGAGAUGGAGAUAGAGUUGCACGGAAAAUCUUGCGCUAGACCUGUCGGAGUUGGCAGCAGGGCGUGCAGAUCGCAAGCGAGCACUCAUUCCCUUAACGAAGCUGAUCUCGUACAGAGUGAAUACCAGAAAAUAGUCACAAAAAGAUUCAAAGGUAGCCAGAGACUAGCAGAGAGUAAUGGAUUAAUGCCUGGCAUCACAGGCUCUCGUUUACCCCUUCAAAAAUCUAUCUCGACGCCUUCAAUUGUUACUCCACAAGUCAACGCUCAUUUGGCAGAGUCUGUGACUAGGACUACGCCAUCGCUCACAGCACGACGCGAAAGAAAUGAAAAAGGUAGCGGAAGUGAGACUGAAACGGAGGAUCUCCAUACACCUCACAGCCACGAGUUCCACGAGGAUAGAGAAGGCACGCCAAAUGCACAGAUAUCUCUCGAUGAACUGCUAACCGAUGGAGCCGUAUACGAUGAUCAUCAUUCAGAGAAAACUAGAAGAAAAAGGGGUUCUAUUUUCUUUCGUAAGAAAAAGGACAAGAGUGGUAAAAAAACUAGUCAGCAACAGCAUUUAUGGACGACAAUAAUGGUAGGAUCUCAGGGAGGUUUAUUAUGCGAUGUUUGUAUGAAACAGUCGACAAAUAAACCACUUUUACAUUGCGACAACUGUGGAGUCUCCGUGCACCAAAGCCAAGGGUGUAAAGAUCAACUCGUACUAGAGUGCAUAAAAUCGAAGCACCAUUCUAGCAAAGCUGCCAUCAAAUCGACAUCAAGUAUAUCUUCAACCUCGAGUAGCUAUAACGUCAAAAGAGGAUCAACAGCGUCAUUGCCUCUACCGACAUCAGGGAGUGGAAGUCAAACAAUAAAUGAAGAGAAAGAUGGAGAUGGUCAACAUCGAGACAUAUCCAGUGGAUUGGAUGGAUAUGACUUGGGAGAAGAUUACCAGUUCACCGUAGGUGACCUAGAGGGUUUGGAUCCCGAAUUGGGCCUAGCAAAAGAAGAACCAGACUCGUGGAGUGCCGCUAUUGGCCAUAGUGUCGCGCUACGAUUAGUUGACAAUUGCGAGAGAAAAGUAAAAAGGCAGGAGCACAUUUACGAAUUUGUCCUCACAGAGAAACACCAUUGUCUAGUGCUUCUAGCUAUGGAAAGAAUAUUCGUGGAGGGUCUGCGACGUCACUUUCGCCUGGGCCAGCCGGAUCUCGAGCGCAUGUUCCCUAGACUACGCGAUCUCAUUGAUAUUCAUUUAAGAUUUCUCCAGAAGCUGCGCAAGCGACAAAACACAAACUCUGUUGUUUCUACCGUUGCUGAUAUACUGGUUGAUCAGUUCUCUGGGGAAAACGCGCAGCGCAUGAAGAGCGCCUAUGGGGAAUUCUGUAGUCGUCACAGAGACGCUGUCGAGGCUUACAAGUAUUACCUGCGGCACGAUCCCAGAUUUGCACGGUUCGUGCGCCAGUGCCAGUCUCACCCUUUACUGAAGAAAAAGGGAAUACCAGAAUGCAUUCUAUUUGUCACCCAGCGUUUAACUAAAUAUCCUCUAUUAGUGGAGCCAUUAAUAAAAACGGGAAUUCUUCAAGACGAAGGGGAAGAUUUACGUAAAGCUUUGAUUCUUGUUAAGGAAAUUUUGGCAGACGUUGAUGCUUGCGUGGCUGAUAAAGAAAGGGAAGAUAGAAAAUUAGAAAUUUAUAAUAAGAUCGAUGCAAAAUCUUUUGCAACAUAUCGCGGUGCCAAAUUCAAAAAAUCAGACAUAAUGGCGUUCAAUAGAAUCUUAAAAUUCGAGGGAACUGCGUAUCUGAUGCAAGGCCGUGGAAAAAUGACUGCCAUCGUAGUGGUUGUUCUUUCUGAUAUAUUAUUUUUCUUGGCCGAGAGAGAUCAGAAGUACGCGUUCUUUGUGCCUGACAAUAAGGCUGGUAUAGUGUCGCUUCAGAAGUUAUUGGUACGUGAAAAAGCGGGCCAGGAAUCGAGAGGGAUUUAUUUGAUAAGUAGCAAUCCAGCCGAACCGGAAAUGUUUGAGUUGAAGAUUCAGAAACCGAAAGAUAAACAGCUGUGGAUACAAGCGAUUAGAUCCGCUGUCGAAGCAUGUCCUCAAGAAUCUGAAAAUGAAAGUGAUGCGUUGACGGAAAAUAACGGUAAUAACGAGUUAAGGGAUACACGAUCGUCUUCUUUAUCGUUACUUUCUGUUGAAGAAAGGCAACGUUUAGUUAAGACUAAGGAGUCUCAUGUUCUGAAGAUUGUUGGUGAAUUACGUAAAAAGGAUGCAGAACAAGCAUUGUUACUCGAAGAAAAAAUCAAUUUACAAAUGCAAUUAUUACACGUCGCAAACAUUUGGAGCGGAAAUGAAAGUAGCGACAAUGAAAGAUUAGAAAAGGUUGAUAAAGAGAUUCCGGAUUACACUAGAUUAGUUCACAAUGAAGGAACUGAUACUACACAGUUACGACAAGAGGUGGUUGGCGCAGUUCAAGAAGCGACAAAGCUCGCCAGCUCUUUAUCCUUUAGCGCGGGUGGUGCUACUCUAUCCAGAAGUCUAAGUUCCGCAGGCGAACGCCACAGCGAGGCCUACGUCCCUCCUGCUCUCUGUGUUCCUCGUCGAGCUGAGACCUUCGCGGGUUUCGAUCACAAUAAAGAAAAAUAUCCAUUGAGAGAUUCAGUCGCUAUCCACUCCCUAGUAUCUCUCCCAAAAGUAGAAUUUAUGAAAGAAAAUUUAGAUGAUAAAGAUAACCAAGACAAGGAUCAACAAUGGGCGGCAAUUCGUUUGUCUCAUCACGUUUAUACGUUGGCUUGUAUAAUAAGUAACCAGAUGACGACGAUCGACAGCUUGCAGGCUCAGUUAGCCGCCUGCAAAGAAGGGAGUAUGGGAAAAUCGAACAAUAGACCCAAUCCGAAUCGCCAAUUAGAAGAACUGCGUAACUUACAAGACCAGUUGAGUAGAGAGAAGGCAGCAUUCAGAGCCACGUCUCAGCAAGAGAAGAAACAGUUGGAGGAAGAGCGAGCAGAAUUGGCGAGGCAAAGAGAACAACUUGCGGCUGAACAGAGAGAUGUAACUCAGCAAAGAGAUCAAUUAUAUAGAAGACUGGAAGCAUUGGAGCGACAGGGAGUUACAUUGGUUACAGGAACUGCGCCUAGUGCCACUGCUUCCCAUUUAGCUCAUAUGACACAGGGAAAUGACGUGGUUCAGUCGCGAAAAUCACAGCCAGAGGCUAAACGGAUACCUUUGAAUCUAAUUAGCGCCACUAACCAGCAAAAGGUGCAGAGUAAUUUGCCGGUAAAGCAACAGCUGCCUUUAAAACUUGCCAGUGGAAGUAACAAUAAUACCAGAAGUGGAAGUACAAGCAACAACAGCCCAGACCGCCACUCCCGUACCGGAAGUAGUCCCGCAAUAGUAACUGGCUCCACGUAUUCUUCCCCAGAACUAGGCAAUAAUCACGCAGGAGUGAGUCAGACUCAUUCGAAUCGUUCUCUCCGAAUAACCCGAUCACCCCCAGAAUAUUCCCACCAGCAACAGCAUCAACGAAGCGAACAGCAACAGCCAAUGGAAGAGGAAGUAAUUUUUUUCUGACGACUCUUUCGUUUCGGCCGGAAGCAUUCUCGGUCUUCUCGCCCUGCAGCCGGUGAGGCGACUCCGACUACUACUUUAACUCCCUCCCGAAAUCAAUCAAAAGAUGCUCAACCCAGAAGUCGUGUAAAGUCAUUUUGACUUUCAACAUUUUCUCGGUAAGAAUCCUUUGUUUUUCUCCCCCUUUAUUUCAUUUGUAUAUUGAAACUAGUACAUAAGCGAUGCAUUUAUCGUGUCCAUGAUAAUGGCGUGACUGUCAAUAAGAAAACAUACAUAUUAUUCUUUUUCAACUGCUACCGAGGGCAAUAAUAUCAUUUUUAUGCCAAGUCUCACAGAAAUGCUCAGAGAGAAAAGGAAGUAUUAAAAGGGUUGAUCUUGUUGAAUCCUUAUGUUAUUAACCUGUUAACCGGGAAUGACGAAUUAACUCGUCUGAAAGAUUUUUGCCUUUAAUAAUAUAUUGUUAUACUCGUGCAUUCAAGGUAUGCAGUAGUAUAUAGAUUACACUUGGGUGCAACUUGUCUCGAGUUGCAUGAGAGAAAUGAACUCUUCUUCGCUCACUUUUUAUCACAUCCGCUGGAAGGAAGUAACUCUUUUUCUGCUUGAAUAAUCCAGUUAACAGGUUAAGAUGACUGACAUGAUUUUAGACAAAUCUUUUAAGCAAAUCUGUUACUGCUUGCUAAAGAAAAAAAAGCAAGAUAGAGAAUUAUAUAGGUUGUUUCCAACUAGGUGGUCCAAAAAGAUGAAUCUAAUUGAAAAAAUAAGUAAAAAAUGUAGAGCUCUCUAUAAAAAAUGUCGCUGUAUAUUUUUUAUUUAUUUAUUAUUAUUAUUUUUUUUUUUUUUUAAGAUAGAUUUACCUUUUUUAAACCACCAGGCCGAAAAUGCCCUGUAUUAGCAUUGCAUAUACAUGGAUGUGUAUAUAUACUUUUUUCAUGACAUAUGUAUGACACUAUGUGUACGUAUGUUGAAGAAAAGAAGGCGCGUGCGUGCGAAUGCAAUUAAUGAAUGUAGGUGUACGUGUACAAUUAAUUAAAAAAAAAGUGUAUACAUACACUAUUGUAGAUGUGUAUGCAUGAACGAACGCGUUAUUCUUAUACCAUUUACUCUAAAAGUAUUUUAAUACGUGCUAAAACGACGGAUAAGAUUUAUUAUAAACAAUAAUGUUAUCGUAAUGUGCCAAGUCACAGAAAUCAUUGAUUUUACACUAUCAUUCUAUCAUUCCUUUGAUCGUUUUAAUUUGAGAUUAUUCACUGCCAUUAACGUUGUGUAACCAUUUUUUUUUUUUUUUUUUUUUUUAAUUUUUUUUAUUUAUUGCAUUGUACAAGGGCAAAAAUAUUUUAUUUAUACGAGACUUUUUUCAGUGCAAGAAUGAUCAUACUGCACGUUUGAAAUUAAUUUUAAUUAAGGUAAUCCUAGAAUAUAGAUCGUUAUUUUAAAAUCAGAAUUUCCGUUUCGCCUCACAAGAUGCUGUAGCGUGCAAUAUGAUCCAGUAAAAGGGCAGCGUCGUCGAGGCACGUGGCUAAUUAAUUAAUCGGGUGUACAAAUGAAUUUGGUUGCCAUUGUGAUUCAAAUUCUCGCGCCACUUUUCGAAUCCACCGAAGCGGGAAAAUAUUCAAACUGCUAAAGUCACCGAAUUCAUUUGCAUCCCCGAUAUCUUCGUAAGGAAACAUAAAUAAUGCUAUUAACUUGUCUCAAUCAAUCGUGGUGACAAUAGUUCUUAAAAAGAGUAUUUCCAAUAAGACGUAAAGCGCGAGAGCAGAGAUAAAAAAAACAAACAUAAUUAACAAAAUGCCGAGCAUAAAUUUAUUAAGAUCCUUUAUGGAUGGGUGUUCGACUUCAUUUCAAGAAAUACAGUCGGUCCCCAGUAUCCACAGCAUUACGUUUCAAAACCUACCGCGGAUACGGAGAGGUUGACUGUAUCAUUCUAUACUUGAUGUCACGAGAGUCCAUAACUGCGAAAAGACCAGUUUUCGUUCUUUUCUGCGCAUUGUCGCUCUGAUUGGCGAUACUUCCAGCGGAAGUGGAAAGCGAUUGGCGGAUCGCUUUCCCCCACCAUCGCUGCAUUCCCCUACCAUCUUUCAACCUGCGCGCUUAAUUAUGGACUCUCGAGACAUCAAGUAUAAAUUGCACUACUGUUGUUACCCUCCUUGUGCAAUGAAGUCGCAUACCAUCUUCAGGGUAACGAAUCAAAUUGGAAUAACAAAUAAGGAGUAGUGCGUCGGCCUACAAUGCGUCCGAUGACAUCCAUCAUGUUCGAUGUCUCGUGACAGCAUAAGUUUUAAGAAGAAAAAAAAAAAAAAAAAAA